UAGGCGUCAGAUGAAUAAACAAUUUUCAAAAGAUUGAUGGACUUAAAGAGAUUUUUUGUUCAAUUUAAGGUCACUCGAUCAUAAGACCAGUUUGCCUUUAGAAAAUAAAAAUUUUGCUCAUCGCCGGAAUAUUAAACGCUGACCCUUAGCCGCUGUUCUUUGUAUUCUUAGUUAACUUACUUUGGAAUUGAACGCAUGGAGCUUUACGAUUUUGUAAAUUUUCAAGUUCUUGCCGAACAAGUUGUAAAAGAGAAAAUUGAGGAAAUGAAAGAGCUAGAGAGUAAACUGUGCCAAAGUUGUCGAAUAUGUGGAGACCGGUCAUCAGGAAGACACUACGGUGUUCCGUCGUGCGAUGGCUGUCGCGGAUUUUUUAAAAGGAGUGUUCGUCGAAAUGUAUCUUAUGCUUGUAAAUUCCAAGGCGAGUGUGUGAUUGAUUUAAAACGUCGAAAUCAGUGUCAAUUUUGUCGCUAUCAAAGAUGUCUUAAAGUCGGAAUGAAUAAAAACGUUCAACACGAACGACAACCCAAAAAGCCUCAAAUUAUUCCUAAUCCUAAUUUAUUCACAAACCAUUUUGAUUUUUCAUUUCAAAAAAGCACAAUUACUUGUAUGAACAGUUCAAUCUCUCCGGCAAUAUCUCCUGCAGCAUCUUACGAUUUAAAUAAUUUAUCCCCAACAUUUGUAAUGGAAAAAUCUUUAUCACCACCUGAACCAACAUUGUCCCCAACUCCUUUAUCAAAAAAAGCUUCACAAUAUUCUAUUGAAUCCCUUCUUAAAAAAGAUAUAGAUACUCAUGAAAACUACGAAAUAAGAUCUUCGUGUGCUCAGACUCGUUUUCCAAUGCUAACUCCACCAAAUUCGCCUUUAAAAGCUGUGUUUGAAUCCGAAGUUAAUCAAGGUGUUAAUGAAAUUUUAUAUAAAGUCCUUCGAUCAAGUAUUUCACGAUUACAAACUAUUCCCGCUUUACACGAAUUCUCUCAAGAAGUUCAAAUAAAAAUGAUAACAGACAAUUGUAUUCCCGUUUUUAUAUUAACUUUGCAUGAGGCAUUUAUCCCUGUUGAUAUGGUGAUGAUGUAUUUACGCAACUGCAUGAUUGAGCAACAUCUUGCAGAAAGUAAUCAGAUUCUUGGAAAAAUUGAAGUAGUCUUACGUGAAAUGAAAUAUUUGGUUGUUGACGCAACCGAAAUUGGCUAUAUGAAAGCAAUGUCAUUAUUCAAACCAGAUCCACUUACUAAUUUACAAAACUCAUUGUUUCAUCGACAUUUUGCUGAAGCUCGAUUUCAUCUUAGCGAACACGUGACUCGCUUUUACAACAAUAACGGACGCUUUAGUAAAUUGCUAUCUAUAUCAAACACUCUUCACAGUUACCCAGCAAGUUUGGCUUCUAUUAUUUUCCCGAUAAUUAAAGAUGUGAAGUUAUUUGUGAACCAUUGCUCCUCAAUUGAUGGUUUUUAAAACGUUUGAUUUGAAAUAGUAUCGCUUUUUAUUGUCUUUGUAAAUAUUAUACUUAUUAAAUAUUACUUCCUUAA